UAGACUGUCCCAUUUCACAAAAGUUGACGCGGCCAGCUGGGCGCACCGAAGUACACUCAUUCGGUGAGACCGCAAAGAGCGGGUCCUUGAAGUGUGCAGACCCUGAAUUGGGACACAGCCGCUGUCUGCAGGUCUGUCCGAACGAUCCUGCCUUUGCUGGCGGCGAAGGAUGGGUCCUUAAAGGAUGCUCCACGUACCCGGAAGUAAUUGUCUUCGCCGCGACAUAUCAACAAUUUAUCAACUUAGAAAUGUCAAUGAAAAUCGCAGUAAACCCGCGGUGAGCGUGGAAAUGAAGCAAGUCAUUGGAGCUUUGUGCAGGCUACUAGCGGCUACUGGCCUGGAAGCUGUCCCCACACCGGAGAUAUUCAGGCAGGCCAAAUUCGGUGGUGGAACCGAGGUGGAGGAACAGUUUUGGCAGCUCCUCACCAACGUCCUUCAGAAAGCUAACAUAGUUUCCUGUGAAGCGAGGGCACAGUUAGGAGGAGCCUCAGAGCACAGGAAGCUGACAGCUGCAGGCCUCUGGCAGACUAGCUACCAUGCUCACUGGAUGUAUGGGAGGGAGGGAGGAGAAGGAGGGAGAUUAUCUAGCAGAGACCUCCUCAUGGCGCUUGGCUGGCUGCUUGCUACAGGAGCACUGGAGAGACUGCUGACACAGAGAAUAAAGGAAUUGGACAAAACACUCCUCACAUGUAUGUCUGUGAGCACUCAACUUUCUAAUGGGCUCCAGUUAGACCCAGCAUCACUGAAGACACUUCAGUGGUUCAUUGGCAGUCUCAGGCACCAAGGGCGGAUACUGCUGUCCAUUCAAGAAGAGCAAACUGGCCUGCUCCAUUCUGUUUUAUUUGCCAUUUUAUCCUCCCUGGAGUCCUCUGAUCAAAGCUCAACAGUGCUGAAGGAGGACCGUGUAUGUAUGUGUCAGCUCUGUGACCUCCUACAAGCAUAUGUGAGCUGGAGAGAGGUGGAGAAAGUCUUCUGGACCUGGAUGGACAGUGUGGUGGACUGCUGUUUGACAGAUACUGUUGUCGAGAAGUCUGCACAAGCUCCUGAUGGCAGCCCAGGAGUGUGUCACCAUGGAAUCUGGGGACUACAAAAAUUAGACGAAAUGCUGUUGAGAUUGCCCACAGGGCAGGUGUCCUACACAUGCAAGAAAGGACAGAGCAGAGGCAAAGGGGAUGCUGAGAACCGAGGAGAAGGAGGAGAGAGAUUGCAAGGAGGACCGUACACCUCCUCCCUUCCUCCUGUUGUCUCUUCCCUCCCAUCCCUGCCCUCCAUCCCCCAGGUCUACAGAGUCAGGCUCCUGACUGAGAGGUCAGUCAAUCUGAGGAACCACCCAGCAGAGAGGGUCCACGGCGGGGCUAGGGCUCCUGAUAAGCUUUCAUGGUCUGAUGCUACACUGCUGCUCCUUCAAAUAGAGGCUCUGUUGCUGGAUAGGAGGGAUAGGCAGAGACUUGUCAAUAGGAUGCAGCUGCAAGAGAUUGUUGGCAGGCUGGAUGAACUGGUGUUGAUUCCACCAUAGACUUUUUUUGAUAGUGGCAUCAGUAUGUAACAAGACCACUGUGUGUGUGAUGGAAGUGUUCUGCUCUUCCAGAAUGUAAUGUAUUAAGUCUGAAAUUUGCCAAAAAUGUAUUUGACCUUUGGAUGGAAACCAGAUAUUUUCUUGCAGUUUUGCUUUCAAAAAGAUAUACACUUUCAACAACUUAAGUUUGAUGAUGCUAAAUAUUUCUGUUAACCUUUAUAGGUCAUUAUCUAACAAAGAUGCCAAUGUCAAUUGAGCACUUCAGAAACAGGAGAGACAAAAGACACCAGACAAAUCAGAAAAAAAUAAUUUAAAAUAAAUAACCAGUUCAUGAUGUAUGUAAACUGUCAGGUUAAAACCUUUUAUAUGGCUGGAGUGUUACAGGUAAUGGUGAAAAAAUGUGGCCAAUUUAAGGUAGUCAGUGGUAGAGUUCAUGUUAUUAAUUCUGGGAUGUUAAAUCCUCAUGUGCAAAAAAACUGCAGCAUAUUCCUUUGUCAGUGUAGGGAAAUUGAGGAAUAAGUUGAGUUGUUAUUGCAUUCACAAUUUAGGCAUAGAUCUCUUUUUUAUCUUUAUGUUUUACUUAUUAUUAGGUUGGCUGUAGCCUCAAAACAAGCAUGCUGGGCCCUACUGAUUGUUUCCCCUUAAUGUGAUCAACAAACCAAGUUUAACUUUUUACCAUUUUGAGUUAAUGUUUCAUGCCUCCCUUGUUUCAUUUCCAUUACCAUUCCCAAUUUCAUCUCUACAAAUGCUUUUCAAAUUCCUUUUUAUCUUUUGCAUUUCGAAUUAUUGUGUUGUGUGGCCCAUAGAUCUUGUGCACUAACUUGCAGUUUAGCACCCAACUAGCGUGGAUUGGGAUAAAGUUGUGUGGCUGUAGACUUUGCAGAUUUUUUUGCAUUGCAUUGCUCAAAUUCUGUGUUUGAAAUUUGUCAUUUCUCAUGGGUUGUGAUGCUCAAAAAUUAGUAUCAACUGCUUAAUAGACUGCUCUUUCACAAUGCAAGCUUAUGGGAAAAAGGGGUUUUGGGCCACAGAUGUGUCAAUGUAAUUACACACUUUGGCACUAUGAAAAGCUGGCUUCAAAGCCUGGUGUUCUUCCUGGGGUCUAUGGUUGGCGCCCCUGUUGCGGUCCAGACAAUUAUGUGGUGGACAUUUGCAAUGAAUGUAACAGAAUAAAUUCCUACAUCAAAAACAUUACAGCUCAUUUUAACAAGGUAAGCCAAAGCAAUUGUAGAUUUCUGAAAUAAAGAAAUAUUCUCAUGUC